AUGGAUGAAUGCCAGCAUGAGCUCGACUUUGAGGAGCUAGAAAAAUUGUGCAUAAAUACACCGGAGGACGAACUGUCAGCGGAAGAGGAGGACACAGGAACGGGCGAGCAAACGGGCGGUGGUGAAGAGGGAGGCGGACCAGGAAGGUUUGGAGAUAUGGGCCAAUCGGAGAGCAAGAAAGCGUCGAAGAAAGCCGCAGCCACCGACACCGGUCUGCAUACCAAGGGAACGGCUAUGUCGUUUGGUUUCAAGAAGCACAAGGUGCACCAGGCGACCAGCAACAACGGUACGAUCGGCACGACCGGAACCAACAAAUUGGCACCGGGCGGUGGUGGCGACGGUAGUGGCGGCGGUACGGAACCAGUCCCGGGAGCGGUCGCUAAUCAGAUCAAGAAGUUCAACAAUAACAACCUUACCAACAAUAACAACAGCAAUGCGACACUGGAAAGGGAGAAAGCGGAAAGGGAGCUGGUGCACGCGACCGUCAUCACGAACCCGGGCGUCGACGCGGCAUUUAGCGACAAGAACGGAAAUACCGGUUCAAUUGAAUCGGUAGACGAUACGGGCGGAGGAGGUGUUGGCCGCAAUGCAUCCAACGGCCGUACCACACCCCGACUGCAGCCCGCAAAGAAGGACAGCCAUGGAGCACCGUACCGUAGCAAUCGGUUCGGUUUCCGCACCAACAACAUCGUCCGGCCGGCAUCGGUCGGACUGCAGCCCCGGGUGGCCAACGAUUUUGACAAACAUUCCUCCAAUACCAACAACAACAGCAUCCACACCAAUAACAACAACAAUAACAACGUGUACGUCGUUAGCGAUAAACGCCGCUCGAAGAGUGCUUCGUCGGCGGCAUCCGCCCGCACAACCUUUACGCCACUGUCCGGCACAACGGCAACACCGGCUGCUGCAACCGGAACCGGUGGGAAUGCGGCCAUGGCACUGAACCAGCACGCGUACGGUGCGGCUGGUGGUGGUGCAGGUGCGCUGCAUCGUCCAAUGCCGAAAUACCAGGCGCCGAAUACAAAAAUAACUCACAACACGCCGCCAGCCACCAACUACGGGUCGUCCGGCGGUGGUUAUGGGACUUAUCAACAGCAGCAGAUGACGAAAUGCAACCAGGAGGAGCAUAAAAAUACUCAGCAUUCCGGUGCGGGCCUGAAGCAACCGGCCCAACCGCAUCAGUAUACGCACGGUAGCGAAGCCGGACAGAACGCGUCCGGCAGUGGUGGUCUAUGCGCAAAACCACCACUGGCCGGUAAUGGCAGUGGUAAUGGCACGACAGCUACGGCCAAACUAGGUCAGGAAGCGGCAACGACUGCGAGCAAGUUUACGCUGCAUUCGUCCAGCCUUCCGAAACCGCAGUAUCCGGUGUCGAUCUCGCUGACCGGCACCACCUCCGGCCCAUCCGCCAGCUCACGGUACACGAUGGACACGAAGGGUGCCAAACAUGCAGUGAACGUGAGUCGUAAAGAGUUCGCCAACACGAACGUGACCGGUGCGCCGGCCCUCGAGGAUACAACCACAACGACGACCAGCAGCAUCCGUAUGCCGAGGCAACGCUACCGUAAUCUAGAGAUGGUAAUGAGCGGCAGACACAAGUUCGAGGUGCGUGAUCUCGAAGCGCUCACGACGGAACCGAUCGUACCGCUACCGCUUCCGGAACUACCGAGCGCAUUUUGCAGCACAACCAAUCAGCGAACCGCACCGCUCAGUGGACUGAUUCGAUCGACGGAGCUGAAUGCGAGCGCUAAUGCAUCCACGCUGCACGAUGACAUUGAUAUCAACGACAAUCGGUAUGAGACGGGCGAACCCGGCGCCGACGAGGAGACGGAAGGAACACCCACGAGCCCUGAAGGUGGUGAGGUUCAGAAGGAAAGUUUGGAGGAGGAAAAACUGUUGCGCGAUAACAACUCAUCGGAGAAGAGCUUGAAGGGGGGUGCGCUGAUGAAGGAUCUGGUUGAGAGCUACGAGGAAAGCAAGAGUUCAACGCCGAGUUGUUCCAGAGCGUCCUGGUUCACUGCUGGUGAGGCACUCGCAGCAAAAGACUUUGGUAUUCGCAGCUUGAGCACUAGCGUUGAGAGCAGCAGCACUUCGAAGCAGACUGAUUCGAUGCCAAGGAAAGUACAGGAAGAACCGGACGAGGAAGACAUUAGCUCCGUUACCAUUACGGCGGGAAAUCCUUCGGCAUUCUCUUCCAUCUCAGCGCCAGUUCCGAUGGAUAUUUCCACCAAUCUGGACAGUGUGUCAGAGGUGCAGAUCAGUUUCACCGAUCCCGGAACCGACCCGCUAGCCUCGAGUGAGGCCGACGUACCGAACCAGAUGUACCGCAAUGAGCAGACAAAGUUUGCCGAAAUGGCCGCCGCCAUCAGUGACGUACUGCUGCUGGACGAUGAAACCUCUCCAACCGAUAGUCUGGUCAGCAGCUGUACGGAAAAUUCGGACGAUGCGAAAAAGCCACGUCAUGCCAAGAAAGCGGUGGAAAACACGAAGGAAAAGGAAAAGGAUAUCGAUGAAAUUUCACCCGAACUGGACGAACUUACCAGUCCCGUUUCGCCCGGCACUCCGACGCAUGCUUCCAACUCUCUGUCGCUGUCGGACGGUGGAAGAGAUUUUUUAAUUGACGAUGAAAUAGCCGAUCAACCGGGCCUGGUGUUUGAUGAGGGUAGCACACUGGAUCUUGGUUCGCUCAACUUAAACCUGACAUCACAAAAGACCGACACACCAACGCUGAAGGACAACCAUCAUAAUCGGGCGGGUGUUACACCUGGUGGAGCUCCGCAACCGACGGCAAUCAAAGCGACUCCUCCAACGGCAGCAAAACCACGCAAAGUUAUGCCGGAUGCGUACGAAUCGCCGGCCCUGUCGCGAAAGUCAACUCGCAGCGGCAAUCGCAUGGCUAGAGCCGAAUCACUGGACACAUUGUCUCCGUGUGACUCGAUCGCAUCGGAUGACUUUAUGCUUGACUUUGACUGCAACAGUAGCAUGGAUUCGAUCGAUCGAGUUGCUCGAUCCAGUAUGGGAGGCAGUGCUACAGGGUUAAACUCCAUGGAUGAACUGCAGCUGUGGUCCGAGCUGGAGAACAAAGGGGGCCACAUCAUACGCGAGUGGAGCACACUACUUCGCAGCAGCCCUCAAAGCAUCAGCAACAAUACUAACAGAUCCCAGCUACCGGCAAGGGCACGGCUCCUCACGAGACGGUUGCAAAACAAUGCGACACCCACGAAUGGGUCGGAAAUUCCCCGCUCGAUCGACAGCCUGCCCCGGAGAACGUUUUCCGGCUCAUACAAAACGGCCACGCUUAGCCAGUUCCACAAUCUCGCUAACAACAACUGUACGACGGACUCUGCCUCGACGGCUACCAACUCCGCGGAAGAUCUCACCCUGCUCGACAAGUCACUGCGCAACUCCAUGCUACAGGACGUGGUGCACUUCAAGAAGCAGCUGGUACGACUUCGCCGCAUACUGCAAGAGGAUGAAGAAAAUUUGAUGAUGACCGACACUCUCAACCCAUUUGAAAAUAACAAUGGGCAAUUCUUCACGACGGCAGCCGCCGCAAUCGCAACCGCCAACGGUAGUAUCGGGUCUGCAGCGACAACAACCACAACAACAGCGUCGACAGUGGCUGGCCCUGGCCAGCAGGAACAACAGCAACAAGAAAACGUACUCAUCCGUGAGUCCAGCGUAGCGGCCCUUGCCCUACUGGAGGACCAGCGGCAGGAACUGGCGGAUCUCAGAAGACAGGUGGUUUACCUUCAGGGAGAACUAACGGCCAAAGAUCGCACGAUUCGGCAACAACAGAAUCUGAUCGAGAAGUACGAAGCGGAGCGAGAGAAACAACUGCACAGCCUCUCGAACGGCGGUGGCUCAUCGGUGGACGGUGGAGAUGGACCGGCAACAAUGGCCACCCCAGGUGACAACACAUCCGCCGGUGACAGAAACCAAUCGGCGGAAACCAUCAGCACCGCAACGCAGACUGAACGUUUGAGGCCGGUGUCGUUCGGUGGACAGGAAGGAUUAGGCAGUCGCAGUGAAAAGUCGGCGAUGAAUGGACCUAAAAAUGGACUGCGCACACCAACAGCAGUUGGGAUCCCGAGUAACACCACAGCCAGUACAACCCCGUCACAACUUCAUGCCACCAUCGGCAAUGGUCCGACAACGCCCAAAAGCAAAACCCAAAUCUCCUCCGUCUACACACAGCUAUCUUCCGUGAGGCACAGUAUCGCCGGUACCAGUGCCCCAACAACACCGACGACCGCAACCCAAAAUGGUCCCGUCGCACUACGGCGCACAUCGCUCGGAUCAAGCCACAAUCUAAGCUCGUUCGGUUUACACACAGCGAGCGAUCGAUCUCCCGGUGGCAACAGUAGUGCUAGCAAUAAACCCGUCCGAACGACACACAUCGGAAUGUUACCUUCCCCAACGGCCCGUCCACUAACGAACGGCGAACGAAUUGCGGCACCCAAUGGGACAAAACACAGCAAAACGAUCCCGAACCGAACAACAGCAAAUGGCCACGGUGGAGUCACAAAGCUAAACGGUCUAAACGGGACGACAAAAAGGACGGGCAUUAUUAGGCCACCGUCAUCGUUCGGCAGUAGCAACAGUCUUGUACCGGUGGAACAACAGCUAAAGAGUAAAUCAGCACCAGCCACACCGUUGGUGGUGGCGAGCGGGAAGCUACUAACACCUGCCGCUACCGGUGCUACGGAUGGCAGUACAUCGAAUGGACAUCGGGAAGAAAGCGGGAAUGAGCGGGAAACAUCCGAAUCCGAACCGGAUAAGGGUACGGUAGUGAAUGGAACGUUGGUUGGUAAUUUAAAGCUGAUGGCAGCAUCAUCAGGUGGAGGAUGUAGCGAUGGAAGCAGCCUAGGCAAUGCCACCAGCAAUACAGCGAAUGGCAUCGUAGGACAUUAGGAAGAAGGCUUAAAAAAGGGAUGUGUGUGAUAGGAUGUGACAAGAAGGUCGUGUUAGGAUGAGAGAUGAUUCCGAGUUGAGGUAUUACAAAGCUCCUAUCACUUUUACAGUGAUUUGUUAUUUUAUUAGCUAUAUGCGUCAUUUGUUACAUGCUCUCAAUUUUGAUGAUCAUUUGUGGUAUCUUGCUCUAAACCGUUUUAAUAGAGGCUUUCCCUUCAUGUUUGAGGGAUUUUUUUUCUUGUUUUCGUAAAAGAUUUUUCCGAUGGAGAGUUGCGUAAUUUUUCUAAUUUUUUGUUUUUUAAACACAGUAGAAAAACAGGAUGGAUUCUAAUUUGUGUUCUUAAAAUAGUCAAAAAGCCGAGGGUGGUUAGGUUGAAUAUUGUCUCAUUUUGCCAAAAACCAAUACGCUUCCCUUUAAAUAGCAAACAAAUCCGGUUUCCCCGGUUCUCCGUCUCGUACAGUCCUUGUAUGGUUUUGUUUUCGUUUAGUAAUAAUUAAUCCCUUUCCAGAAAUUCCCCAUUCAACAAAUGUAAUAAAAGCAAACAAAUGAGAAAACAAAACGAGACACACAUUUAAUAAUGCAACCUUUAACAUUGCAAGCAAGUAAAACACACAAGCAGCAAAACGCAACACAAAACAGAAGAAAAACAAGCAGCAAACAAAUACAUUAUACUAAAAGAAUUAAAAUAUAUGAACAAAUGUGAUCGAUUUGUGUGUAAUGGUUAAUAAUCCAGUGUAUUUGUACAUCUUUAAGCAGGCAGGAACACUUAAAAUGCAAACAAGAAAACAAACACUCAGAAAUAGCACAUCAUCUACGCGAAUGUAUUUAUUCGAACGCGGCUUAUUCUCUUAGUUUUCGCGAUAGCUGAAACGCCAAUGCCACAGCGGGGACAUUGGCAAACAAUUUUUGCACAAAACAGAAGACGAAUACAUUAAAGAAAAGGUUGGGAAGACCAAGGAACGCAGAAUUCAACCUGGAGUACCUUGUUGACGGUCUGGAAAGGAUGUGUAUGUAAAGACUAGUUUUGUUUUUCCUCUGUAAUAUGGUUCACAACCAUUAUAAAAACCCCCCACUUUAAAUGGCUCUUAUACGCGCCAGCAUUAAAACCAGAAACCGCCUCAAUACGCUAUUUUUAACCAUUUUUACAUCCUCGUUACAGCUGCUUUUUAGGCGGAUGUGUGGAGGUUGUUGUAGUGGAAAGUUAGAAGAAAUUUAAACAGGGAAAUUAGUGUAGUGCAGAAUCAUUUUGAAAAAGAAAAAAUCCGAGAGCCUUUAGGAACUCAGAAUGCUCUCCUUACUUAUACUUUGCACAUUUAGGUGCAAUUGGUCCUUCGCCUUCCCGGUUUUACUUGCUUUAGUUUAGAUAAAUUGUACCCUAGUGCAGGAGGAUCACACUUUGAAGAAAAACUGGCUGACGCUAAAAAUUAGUUUGUAGAGAGAGUUUCUUCAGAAUCAAGGGUGCUGACGACCUGCCGCGCGUCGCAGUAGUGUGUUGAUUAAGUAGAAAUGUACGAUUUGUUGAAUAGUAUUUUUAAAUUGCUGAUAAUGAAUCCUUUUCGGUCCUCAUAGCAAAAAACAACAUGGAUAUUAAAUCAUUCGAUCAGAUUCAUAUUUUCUCGCCUAUUUCGUCGUAAACCGAGCGCGGAGCAAAUCCAUAUUUGAAACUCCUGCGAUUUAACAAAACACACAACAAACAAAUAUAACAAAUUGAUCACAAACCAUGUUAAGCUGAUAUAUCAUAAAUCUUCAUAAGCAAAGCAGAACCACCAGCAGCAGCAACAUACGAACAAUCGGUGUGUAUGAAGCAAGGGACAAUGAAAAGCAUUGCAACAAAGAAAAAGCAGCAUACAAACGGCAAAGACAAAAGUAUUUCGAUAAUAAAUUAUU